UUACUUUUUAAUCUCUUUUUCUGUCAGCUUCCCCCUACUUUUAAGUUUCUUAAGGUCUUAGUGUAAAACAUUUGCGGUAAAAAUGUAUACCCACUUACUUGUCAACAGAGGUUCUUGAGAUGAGGUUGAAUUAAAGAAAAUACUUUAUCAGAAGAAGAUGGCCACUGCCCAGUUGCAGAGGACUCCCAUGAGUGCACUGGUAUUUCCCAAUAAGAUAUCAACUGAACACCAGUCUUUGGUGUUAGUGAAGAGGCUUCUAGCAGUUUCAGUAUCCUGUAUCACGUAUUUGAGAGGAAUAUUCCCAGAAUGCGCUUAUGGAACAAGAUAUCUAGAUGAUCUUUGUGUCAAAAUACUGAGAGAAGAUAAAAAUUGCCCAGGAUCUACACAGUUAGUGAAAUGGAUGCUAGGAUGUUAUGAUGCUUUACAGAAAAAAUAUCUAAGGAUGGUUGUUCUAGCUGUAUACACAAACCCUGAAGAUCCUCAGACAAUUUCAGAAUGUUACCAAUUCAAAUUCAAAUACACCAAUAAUGGACCACUCAUGGACUUCAUAAGUAAAAACCAAAGCAAUGAAUCUAGCAUGUCAUCUACUGACACCAAGAAAGCAAGCAUUCUCCUCAUUCGCAAGAUUUAUAUCCUAAUGCAAAAUCUGGGGCCUUUACCUAAUGAUGUUUGUUUGACCAUGAAACUUUUUUACUACGAUGAAGUUACACCCCCAGAUUACCAGCCUCCCGGUUUUAAGGAUGGUGAUUGUGAAGGAGUUAUAUUUGAAGGGGAGCCUAUGUAUUUAAAUGUGGGAGAAGUCUCAACACCUUUUCACAUCUUCAAAGUAAAAGUGACCACUGAGAGAGAACGAAUGGAAAAUAUUGAUUCAACUAUACUAUCACCAAAACAAAUAAAAACACCAUUUCAAAAAAUCCUGAGGGACAAAGAUGUAGAAGAUGAACAGGAGCAUUAUACAAGUGAUGAUUUGGACAUUGAAACUAAAAUGGAAGAACAGGAAAAAAACCCUGCAUCUUCUGAACUUGGCGAACCAAGUUUAGUUUGUGAGGAGGAUGAAAUUAUGAGGUCUAAAGAAAGUCCAGAUCUUUCCAUUUCUCAUUCUCGGGUUGAGCAGUUAGUCAAUAAAACAUCUGAACUUGAUAUGUCUGAAAGCAAAACAAGAAGUGGAAAAGUCUUUCAGAAUAAAAUGGCAAAUGGAAAUCAACCAGUAAAAUCUUCCAAAGAAAAUCGGAAGAGAAGUCAACAAGAAUCUGGGAGAAUAAAACAGGUUAGAAUGACAACUUUAACUCACCGGGCCCGUCGCACUGAAGUAAGCAAGAACUCUGAAAAGAAGAUAGAAAGUGAGGAAGACAGUAAUUGGGAGAAAAGUCCAGACAAUGAAGAUUCUGGAGACUCUAAGGAUAUCCGCCUUACUCUUAUGGAAGAAGUAUUGCUUCUGGGACUAAAAGAUAAAGAGGGGUACACAUCUUUCUGGAAUGACUGCAUAUCAUCAGGCCUGCGAGGGGGCAUCCUGAUAGAGCUGGCCAUGCGGGGUCGAAUCUAUCUGGAACCCCUGACCAUGCGUAAGAAGCGACUACUAGACAGAAAGGUACUGCUAAAGUCAGACAGCCCAACAGGUGAUGUUUUACUGGAUGAAACCCUGAAACACAUCAAAGCAACUGAACCCACAGAAACUGUCCAAACAUGGAUAGAGCUACUCACUGGCGAGACCUGGAACCCCUUCAAAUUACAGUACCAGCUGAGAAAUGUGCGAGAGCGCAUCGCAAAGAACCUAGUAGAGAAGGGUAUUCUAACCACUGAGAAGCAGAAUUUCCUGCUAUUUGACAUGACUACUCAUCCAGUGACCAAUACAACAGAGAAACAGCGACUAGUGAAAAAACUUCAAGAUAGUGUACUAGAGCGGUGGGUAAAUGACCCUCAGCGUAUGGACAAGCGAACACUGGCACUCCUGGUGCUAGCCCACUCCUCUGAUGUGCUAGAGAAUGUCUUCUCCUCUCUGACAGAUGACAAGUAUGAUGUGGCAAUGAAUCGAGCCAAGGACUUAGUAGAACUGGACCCUGAAGUGGAAGGGACAAAGCCUAGUGCCACAGAAAUGAUCUGGGCUGUGCUGGCAGCCUUCAAUAAAUCUUAAAGCCAGCAGGUGGAUUUCUCCUUUUUUCCCCUGCUGGCUGGUGACUGUCAGAGACCCCAUCACUGAGUUUUGUGUGAUCAGAUGUUUCCAUCAUUUUUGUUUCCUUUUCUUGAAUCAGACUUGUGAUUUGGAGAGCGCAACUUCAGGGCUUCUCCAUAGACCUUGACCAUUAUUAUUUUUUUUUUUUUUUUUUUUUUUUUUUUGAGACGGAGUCUCACUCUGUCGCCCAGGCUGGAGUGCAAUGGCGCUAUCUCGGCUCACUGCAAGCUCCGCCUCCCGGGUUCACGCCAUUCUCCUGCCUCAGCCUCUCCGAGUAGCUGGGACUACAGGCGCCCGCCACCACGCCCGGCUAAUUUUUUGUAUUUUUAGUAGAGACGGGGUUUCACCAUGGUCUCGAUCUCCUGACCUCGUGAUCCGCCCGCCUCGGCCUCCCAAAGUGCUGGGAUUACAAGCGUGAGCCACCGUGCCCGGCCGAGACCUUGACCAUUAUAAGCAGACCUUAUUUCUCCCUACACUUCCACUCCAUAGGUAGAUAAACUGGGUGAACCCACACACACCCAAUGAACAUUUCUUCCAUUUCGUGGUUUAGUUUCAUCCAGUGUGCUUUUGGAUAAGCAGAAAUAUCUAAAUGGGAUUUUGAGUUCUCCAGCUAUAGAAUGUGAAUGAGAUAAAAAGUGAAGUAUUAUAUUUUUCUAAGUUUGUUUUCUAUCUUAAAUACAUGUUUUCACAGCCUUUGUCUCUCAGACUCUGCUAAAUAAUGUAGCUUAUUGAAAUAACUGUCGCUGAAUAAGGAGCAAUGAGAAACAAAACUAAUUUUUGGAGCAGAUGGUCUCUGGAAUUGCAUAUCCUGCUAGUGAUUUUCUCAUCUUUCCUUUUCUAACCUAAUGAGAAUGUCCCAGAUUCAAUUACCUGGAUCUCAAAGUCCUAGAGCCAGAACUAUAUUCUCUCAUCCCUGUUAGCAUUCUCUUGCUCCCUCAUUCACUAGGGUAAAAGUCUAAAUUAAGAAAAGAAAAGUCUCUCUCAACACCUCGUUCAUGCAAUCAGCAUUAGAAUUUGUAAGGAAGGAAGGGAGGUGGCAUGAAAAUUUCCAUUCUUGGGGUAUAUGACUGUCCUGUUUCCCCCAGGCCACUUUUUUUUUGAGACAGGGUCUUGCUCUUGCCCAGGCAGGAGUACAGUGGUGCAAUCACAGCUGACUGCAGCCUUGACCUCCAGGGCUCAAGGAUCCUCCUGCCUCAGUCUCCCAACUAAGUGGGACUACAGGCACGUGCCGCCAUACUCAGCUUUUUUUUUUUUUCUUUUUUAGAGAGACAGAGUCUCGCUUUGUUGCCCAGGCUGGUCUUGAAUUCCUGUGCUCAAGCAAUUCUUCCACCUCAGCCUCCCAAAGUCAAAGUGCUGAGAUUACUGGCAUAAGCUACUGCACCCACGCCUCCAGACUACUUUAAAUGUCUCUGCUGUGACUGAAUUGAAGGAAUUGUAAGUUUCAGUUGCUGAAUAUAUCAGUAUAUCUGAACUCCAGAUCUUUUUCUUUCCUAUUUUUGGCUUCCUACAUAAAUUAAUAAAGUCUGUCUAUAUUUAAGAGUUAUGGGAGUAGUUUUGUCUAUAUUUAAUCCAUAGAUGUGCUCCUAGUCAUUAGUCUUAUUUCAGUAAAACCAUCUUUCUGGCCAAAUCUCUAACAUGUUUUUUACUUCAGUAGUGAGGGCAAUGAAAAGCUUUAUUAAGAAAGAUCCUAUUUAAAGGGCUAAUUUGGUAUUGAAAGCAUGCUGAAAUUGAAAGCAUAUUGAAAGUCCAGUAUUUGAGGAUAUAAAGAGGACGGGCACUGAGCUGUGCUGAUGUAAAGCAUUUAUUAUACUUUAAUGGGAUAGUGCUUCUUGACCAUUAUAGAACAACAAACUGUCAAAGGGCUAAUACAGAUGACCCAGACCUGACAUUAAAUCCUCUUGAUUAGAAAUAAUUAAAUGAAUUACUUACUCAUUUCUCUCCUCUGCCAAAUCUACUUAGCCCCACAAAAAUUCCCCAGCUCAGUUAGCAUUUUUUUGUCUUUCACUUUAGGUAUCUCUUAGGUAAAUAGAGAUAUAAAUUGUAGUAGGAAACAAACUCUAAAUGUGAGGCUGAAAACAGAUUCAGUCUGGCUCUCUAAUAGGACAAAAGCCAGUCCAUGUGUUGUCUCUACCUGAGUUAGCUUUUACUUUUCUUUGAACAAUUCGGCAUGAAUUGAAACCAGGUUUUCCUGUGGAAAGUUGUAGCUUGAUUGGGGGAUAGAAGUUGAAUUGAGUUCUUUCUUGAAACUCUUAGUGUUUAUUUUUAUAUUAUAUCUCAAUAAGACGAGGAUAUCUUCAGUUUGAAUCUGCCUAACGUUCACUGCCAAACUCCUUCUCAUUUAAUGCUUAUGGCCUUCACAUUUCUGUAUAAUAAAGAUCAAUUAUCAGCUC